UGGAAGACGAACUGUGUUGUUAUGCUGAGUCUGCAUGCCUUUGCCUCGCCGCUGACAGGCGGUUAGCAUAGAUAGCUAGCUUGUCAAAAUUAGCGCGGGUUGGAGCAGAAAAUGGAAAAUAUCGUCGCAAUUUAACGAAAAGACCCCAAUGCCUGCGGAUUUUAUUUUGAAGUCGUCCACGUGUUGAGCUUCAAAAUGCUUAAAUAAUCGCACGGUUAGCUGGCAGCUGAUGUUUAAAAAAUCGUUAGCGGCGGAAAGAUGACAUGAUGUCGGCUUUUUCAUUUCACGUGUCAGCGGUGAUUUUCUCCGGCUGAGGAGCAGCUCGCCGCCGUGCUGCCCGCCGCAGCUCUAGUGGGCAGGUUAGAACGGGGAUUUCCUUUGCUUGUUUUGUAGGCGGGGAGUUUGCCACUUUGACAAACUGGGGCUGAGAGGCAGGAGACCGGAGUCCUGGAAUGCCAAGGCUGCCGUAGUCUGUUGCUUUUGCAAGAAAAAAAAAAUUGUAUUGAUAGAGUAUUUUUUCGUGUGCUGCCCACUGUACCACAGCGCGUCUUUGUGGUUUGUCAACUCAUGCGCUUCUUGCUGGUCAAACCUGCUGCUUCAUCGCUCGUUGUGCAAAGGAGCAAGCGCGAUCCGAGCCAGCUAGAGGAUCAGAACGACCAGCAGUGCAGGUGAACACCGCUGUUGUGGCAUGACGACCACGAACAAGGGAAACAAGGCCUUAAAGCAUCUACAGGUGAAGAGGGAGCCAGGGGAAAAUGGCACCAGCCUAACGGAUGAUGAGCUGGUAACCAUGUCAGUGCGGGAACUGAACCAGCAUCUACGGGGGCUUUCAAAAGAAGAAAUCCUGCAGUUGAAGCAGCGGCGGCGCACCCUUAAGAACAGAGGCUACGCUGCCAGCUGCCGGGUGAAGCGGGUCACUCAGAAAGAGGAGUUGGAAAAGCAAAAGGCGCUGCUGCAGCAAGAAGUGGACAAAUUGGCCACCGAGAAUGCCAGCAUGAAGGUGGAGCUCGAUGCUCUGCGCUCAAAGUACGAGGCCCUGCAAAGCUUCGCCAGAACUGUGGCCCGAAACCCCGUCACCUCAGCGAGAGGACCCAUGGCCUCCGUUAUAGGGCCGCUCAUCCCUGGUAAAGUAGCUGCCACCAGCGUCAUAACCAUCGUCAAAUCCAAAACAGAAGCUAGGUCGUAGUAGCAGAGCGGACCAGGGGAGGAUUUUCGAGGCUGAAUUAGUCAGUGCAUUGUAACAUGGCACAGGAUUUCCUUUGUAAGAUCUCAGUUUACGGUAACACUAACUAUAUGCUUCCCACUUCACCCUCAGCAGUUUGACUCAGCAGUCUGUGCUUCCCACAGGACAUUUCCGCCUGGAGUAACGGAUUCCGAAUGUUAAUUUAUAAUUAGUUAUGUAUGUGAGGUCCUCCUUUCUUUAUAUCUAAGCUUUUCAAUUUUCCCGUCCAAAAACGCUGACUGAAAUAACAAUUAUUUCUACAUCUCAUUGGACAAACAUUCCUGAAGAUAGAGUAGAAAUAGGGCAGACACUUCACCAAAGCAUCUGCUUGAAUCCCUCUGCUUGUUAUCCUGCACUGACUCUAAAAGGGAGGACAAACAGUUUGUCUUUAUUGGUUUAAUCCAUUAAAUAAAUCUCCAAAAUUUUAAUCUCAAACAGAUUAGGAGUUUGGGAUUUGUUUUUCUUCUGUAAAGAGUCAAGGUGUGAAACAAUGCUCCCCGCAGCCUAGCAUUCUUCUCUGUUCAUGCAGCCACGGCGGGCUUCAGCGAGGUCGUUACCCAAGCACACGCGGUGUGCAGCCACUUCUAGCCUGUAGCCAAGCUGCAGGACCAGCUAGACCGAGCUCACGGGAACAGGAGUUUACGACUGGUAGAUGCAAUAAUAUACGUAUGCACUGAAAAACAAAGAGAAUCUCUCGUGUUUGUGGUCAAAAUGAAAAAUCGAUCAGCACUUCUCAGAGAUAUUGUUCCAGAGAUGAGUGCCAUUUCUGUGUCACGGGAUUCUUCUACAGUAUCUGAAAAACCUGAAUGUUAUUAAAGUAAUAUCCUCAUUUGUUGAGGGCAGCAAACAAAAAAAAAAAAAAAGUCAAAAACAUUGUUUUGCUAAUGUGUUUUUUCUUUACAUUUUGUGGGAUUAUAUAUAUAUAUAUUAAUAUAUAUAUAAAUAUAUACUUUUUGUAAUUGUUAACAGGACCGUCAGAUAUUUCCAGAAGAAGGUCUUUACGCGAGCUUUACUGUUUCAAUUGUUAAGGCGUAGAAAUCUUUGUCUAAUGUUCCAGCUCCUCGUUUUAUUUCCUUGGUAGGUUCAAUUCUGUUCUUUCUAGAAAUAUAGAUAAAGAAAAGAAAACGGAAAAAAAAAAAAAACAACCUGUGACAUCUUUUUUGCAAUUGUACCAAAAGUGGCUUACUAUUGAAGUCUGAUAGCUUUUUUCUAGUGACUAGGCGCGUACAGUGGGGUAGCGCGUGACGUGACGUGUAAAGUCGGCAGUGUCGUUCACUGUAUAGAUGUCAAUGCUGUGCUAUUUAAACAAACCUGUAGAGCUAAACUAGAUGGUGUUAACAAGGUCAAUUGUCUCGUGCGUAUCGGCAUCUGUGAUAUCCUCUGCUUCCUCGGUGUGAGUUCCAUCAUGUCGUCAUUAUCGGUUUACUGCACUGAGCAGCUUAAGACAGAAACGAGUCAAAUGGCACCAACAAAACAGAGUUUCCAAACACUUUUUAAAGAAGUGAACAUUUAUCUUUUUGGGGUUGUUUUUUUUGUACCUAAUGAAUGCCUUCAAAAUAAACUCAGUAAACCUGGAAGUGAAUGACGUCAUUACAGGGAACGUUUCAUAGUCAUUCCAGACUCUUAACUCGAUACGAGUUAGAUUACAGAUGCAGAAAAUCAUUUGAUAAAUUCAAUGAGGAAAUCGUUUGGAACAGGGAAAAAUCCUCCAAAAAUAUCGUUUUCCGGGUUUUCCACUGAAAUUUAAAGCAUUGCUCCUUUCCUUUGACUUGUUUUCCUAUUAAAAGCAGUUGGGUUGGGCUGAGGGCUUUUUACGUAUGCACUAAGCACCUGUUUGUUUUGCUCAGGACAAAACAGGCCACAAAAAAAAAAAAAUACACGAUCAGACAAUUCUGUAUUAGAAAACGAAGCAACGAGGUCGGCAGCUCUUUUUCUUCCUUCUCAUGUUUUUGUAGUCAUAAAGGGCUUGAAUCGACAUUCGGAAAAGAGAUGAGGCGCUACGAGUUACAAUCAGCAACUGCCAGCGGCGCUUCAUCUGUGCCAAGUGUUGCUUUGGUCCCCGCUGGAGCAACUCUACACCUCAAGGUGAAAGCUGUUGUGUAAUGACCUUAGGCGGCGGACGCACCUCGUGCAGGUCUCGCUCUUCCUGCUCGCCACAGCCUCGUGUUUGGCAAAGGCGUUAAACCUCCAGCCACUAUCAAAAGUACUUCUCCGACUGCUGGUUUGUGACGUCCUCGUGCGAAUCCCCUCCCUUUCCGGACACGCUUUGCCGCCUUGCAGUGACGGGCUCUGUUUAACUGUGGGAAAACAUGUUUGUGGCUCUUGACGUGGCCCAGUAUCGAUGUUGGCGUCUGUUUUGCCGUGGCAGUUUUGUGGAGUGAAUCUUUUCCGUGUCCCCCCCCCGAGCUUUGAAUCUCCUCUGAAGGCGGCGGCGGCUUUUUUUUUCUCACACGCGCCCCGUGUAUAGUCUGUAGGUAUUACUGACCAUUGUGAAAAAAGUGACCCUUAAUAUGCAACUCAGUGGAAAGGUGUGAGAGAGUAGAUGUGAGACUAAUCAGUAUUGUCAGAGUUUCUAGAUGGUGGUAUCUGUUUUGGUUUUUCUGGAAUCUUCUUUUUUUGUUGAUUUUUUUUUUUUUUUUUGCAUCCCUACCUGAAAGCGCAAUUGGCCUUUGUUUACAUUUAGUGUAAAGCAGUUGAACCGAAAUAAAGUUUUACUGCAUUAGUGUGAAAUGGGUCAAAUUGAAAAUCGAUCAAUUUGGUGGAAACGUUGAAAGUGAUUGCUCCCGCUUGAAUAAAAAAAAAGGGGGGAAUAAUGCAAUCUAUUCUAUCACAAGGGCCUCUUGCAAUACUUUAGUUUUCCUUUUGUUACACCUGCAGGGGUGGGAUUGGGGUGCAAGUGUUUGUGAGUAUUUGUAUGAGUGAUUCCUCUGCUGCUGCACCUGUCAUUAGUGCUCUUCGUUUGCCGUAGCAUUUCUGUUCUGUGUUGUAUGUACUUGAAAUUGAUCUUAACACUGUAAUUUGUUCUGCUGAUUAUAUUUUCUAUUGGGUUUUAGUUUUUUUUUUUUUAUCCCCACUAAUACAAGAAACCGGUCGGGGAGGAUAAAUUACAGCACUUGUGUUGCGAUUGUUUUUAUGAGCUCUCAAGACUCUGGUUUGUUUGUUUUGUUUUGUUUUUUUCACCUGGAAUGAUGCUUUUUAAAGAAACUGCAGGUUUUCUCUUUUGUUUAAUGGAGUGGGUCUGUGUUUUCAAGUUAAUUAAAAUUUGACUAACGUGGGUAAUUAAAGGAAAUUGAUUUGUUUUUGUUAUUUUUCCGUAUUGAGUUGUACUAAAAUGUCGCAGUACUUUGUAUCAAAACAGACAAUAGUGAAUUGUAACUAUUUAUAAAUUAAAUUAUUGUACUUUUUUCAAUCUGUAGAUAAGUACUAUGUAUUCAUAUACAGUAACAACUGUGGAUUUCAAUGUGAUUCUCUGAGGUGUCUAAGUUAUUGAUGUAUAUAGUGUAUGUUUGUUGAUACAGCUUACUUUAUUUUCUAUAAGACCAAUAAAAUGUUUUGCAAAAUGAA